CUCAAGUCAAGAGAGAUUAUAUAGAAAAACAUUGGCAGCAGAACCAAACCAAGCUCUCUCUCAGAGUCACCACCAAUGGCUAUACCCUGCAAAUAUUCAUCAUUGCUUCUUCUCUCUGUAGUCUUAACUUUCUUCGUUCAUAGUUCAGUGUCAUCUGAGCUAGACAUUCUUCUAACAUUCAAGUCUUCCAUUAAAGAUUCAAAGAACUCCCUUAGGAUUUGGUCCAAUAACUCAGGCAGCCAUUACUGUAAUUGGACUGGAAUCACUUGUACCACUACACCACCACUGUCUGUCACUUCUAUCAACCUCAAAAGCUUAAACCUUUCUGGUGAAAUUUCUUCUUCACUUUGUAAGCUUCUUAAUCUAGCUCAUCUCAAUCUUGCUGACAAUCUUUUCAACCAGCCCAUUCCUCUCCAUCUCUCUGAAUGUAGCUCUUUGGAGACUUUGAAUCUCAGUAACAAUCUUAUCUGGGGUACAAUACCAGAUCAGAUUUCUCAGUUUGGUUCGUUGAAAGUCCUUGACUUGAGCAAAAACCAUGUAGAGGGGAAAAUCCCAGAAAGCAUUGGCUUGUUGAAGAUGCUUCAAGUUCUCAACUUGGGAAGCAACUUGCUUUCAGGUACUGUACCUUCUGUUUUUGGGAACUUAACUGAGCUUGUUGUUCUUGAUUUGUCUCAAAAUUCAUACUUGGUGAGUGAAAUUCCUAGUGAUAUUGGCAAGCUUGAGAAGCUUGAGCAGCUACUGUUGCAAACCUCUGGUUUUCAUGGUGAGCUUCCAGAUUCUUUAGAGGGUUUGAGAAGUUUGACCACUUUAGACCUUUCCCAGAACAAUCUAACUGGAAGGGUUCCUCAGACACUAGGGUCUUCUCUCAAGAACUUGGUGUCGUUUGAUGUUUCAGAGAACAAGCUUCAGGGCGUAUUCCCAGAUGGCAUUUGUAGUCAAAAGGGUGUUAUAAACCUUAGCCUACACACAAAUCUAUUUAGUGGUAAAAUUCCUAGCUCCAUUAACCAAUGUUUGAAUCUUGAGAGGUUUCAAGUGCAGAACAACUUGUUUUCUGGUGAUUUCCCAACUGGGAUAUGGUCAUUGCCCAAAAUUAAGCUUAUCCGAGCUGAAAAUAAUUUAUUUUCUGGAGUUAUUCCUGAAUCUAUAGCUAUGGCUGCUCAACUGGAGCAAGUUCAGAUAGAUAACAACAGCUUCACAGGCAGGAUUCCUGAGGGUCUUGGACAUGUCAAGAGCUUGUAUAGAUUAUCUGCAUCUAGUAAUGGUUUUUAUGGGAAACUUCCCCCCAAUUUCUGUGACUCUCCUGUUAUGAGCAUAAUAAAUCUCUCCCAAAAUUCUCUUUCUGGUGACAUUCCGGAGCUGAAAAAUUGCAGGAAACUCGUGUCAUUGUCUUUGGCAGAAAACAGUCUAACUGGGAACAUGCCUCCUUCUCUUUCUGACUUGCCAGUAUUAACUUACCUUGAUCUUUCUGAUAACAAUCUCACUGGUCCCAUCCCUGAAGGGCUUCAGAAUUUGAAGCUUGCCCUGUUCAAUGUCUCCUUCAACCAGCUAUCUGGUAAGGUUCCCUACUCUUUGAUUUCAGGUCUUCCAGCUUCAUUUCUUCAAGGGAAUCCUGAACUCUGUGGUCCUGGAUUGCCCAAUUCAUGUUCUGAUGAUGACCAACCAAGACACCAGGAUAUUGGUCUUACAACAUUGACUUGUGCCUUGAUCUCUUUAGCUUUUGCUUUUGGAACUAUGAUUAUUGUUGCCGGGUUUAUUGUGUAUCAAAGAUCUCAGAAGCAGAGAUCUCAAGUUGGCUCGUGGCGUUCGGUUUUCUUUUAUCCUCUCAGAGUUACUGAGCAUGAUUUGGUCAUGGGAAUGGAUGAUAAGAGCGCUGUAGGGAGUGGUGGAGUUUUUGGUAGAGUUUACAUUUUAAGUCUACCAAGUGGUGAACAAGUUGCUGUGAAGAAGCUUGUUAAGUUUGAGACUCAGUCUUCGAAAGCUUUGAAGGUUGAAAUCAAGACACUGGCCAAGAUCAGGCAUAAGAACAUUGUUAAACUUCUGGGGUUUUGCCAUUCUGAGGAUUCAAUCUUUUUGAUCUAUGAGUUCCAACACAGAGGAAGUUUGGGAGACUUGAUUGGAAAAACAGAUUUUCAGUUGGAAUGGAGUGUGAGGAUGAAAAUUGCCAUUGGUGUUGCUCAAGGACUAGCCUACCUUCACAAGGAUUAUGUUCCUCAUUUACUCCACAGAAAUGUCAAAUCCAGAAACUUACUUCUGGAUGAAGAUUUUGAACCAAAGCUUACGGAUUUCGCUCUUGACCGAAUUGUGGGAGAAGCUGCAUUCCAGUCAACAAUAACAUCUGAAUCUCCUGUCUCAUGUUACAAUGCACCAGAAUAUGGAUACAGCAAAAAACCAACUGAACAAAUGGAUGUAUACAGCUUUGGUGUAGUACUCCUUGAGCUAAUCACAGGAAGGCCGGCCGAGCAAGCUGAAACACCCGAUUCGCUUGAUGUUGUAAAGUGGGUGAGGAGAAAAGUGAACAUCACUAAUGGAGCUUUUCAAGUUCUUGAUCAAAAGAUAUCAAAUUCAUCGCAACAAGAGAUGUUAGGAGCUCUUGAAAUCGCUCUCCGCUGCACAUCUGUGAUGCCGGAGAAGAGACCAUCUAUGUUUGAAGUUGCUAAAUCACUGCAGUCUCUUAACUCAAGAACCAACCUCCCUUGUAUAGAAUUCUCUGCCUCUGAUGAUCACUCAGUUCCAGUCUGAAAUCACAGGCCACACCAUUUCUGUAUUACAACUUCACCUUGUAUGUAAAUUCCACUUGGUUGGAUUUUGAUAGGGAUGGGAAAAGUUUGGGCAUGAAUUUUCUUUAUCUUCCAACAGGAAUUUGUUUUGGGGUUUUUUUUUAUCAGAAAGUGUUUCUGGGAUUUCCAAAUGUAAUAUUUUAGUCACAACCUAUGGAGUGUCAUCUCAUAUAUACCAAGAGACUGAUAUCAUUUCUAGUUUGACAUUUUGUUUUCGCAAGCUCAUAAUCAAACAAGAGUUUCUUUGCAUAA